UUUUGUGUCAAACGUCAUUUUGAUAUUUUUAUUCCAGCGCCCGUCACAGUUUGAGCAUAAAAUUAUGUUUGUUUUCCCAUAAUUUACUUGAAAUUGUCUUAGACCGGUUAAUUCUAUGUCAAGCACAAUCGAAAGCAAUUAGUUCCCCCGCUUCAACUUUUAUUUCUCUUGUGAGAUAUUUCUAAAAUGUCUAACCACUAUGAUAUCCCGUCUUGGGCCGGUAAACCUCCAACAGGACUACAUUUGGACGUAAUGAAGGAUGACAAGUUGAUUCAGAAAUUAAUGAUCGACGAAAAAAAGUGCUACCUCUUUGGGCGUAAUCCCCAGAUGAACGACUUCUGUAUUGAUCAUGCGUCAUGUUCGCGAGUGCACGCAGCGUUUGUAUAUCAUAAACACCUCAACAUUGCCUAUCUGGUAGACCUGGGCUCAACGCAUGGAACCUACAUUGGGUCGGUCCGCUUAGAGGCACACAAACCAACGCAACUCCAAAUUAACUCAUUGUUUCACUUCGGGGCCUCAACGAGGCACUAUAUGCUUAGGGAACGACCAACAGUCGGAUCAAGAUCCAAUAUCAUGGAAGAUAUUCCCAUGCUGGACACAAGCGACGGAACUUAUCUGGGACUGCCCGAAAGUCAGACGGAACUAGAUAAUCUGACUGAAUACAACACUGCUCACAACCGACGCAUUUCGAUGUUGGGCAUCACUGAUGAGACUACUAGCUUUAAGAAGAAUAUGAAAAACAAACGCAAACGAAAAGGAGUGCAGUUCAAUGAGGAUGAAAUCAUCAUAAACCCAGAGGAUAUCGAUCCUAGUAUCGGUCGUUUUCGUAAUCUCAUUCAGUCUACAGUUGUUCCUGUAUCGACAAAGAGAACGAAGUUUGACAUCAAUAGUAUGGGUUUUUCGACAUCAUCAUCUCCGGGAAAAUCACUACAGCAUUCUCAUAGUUUGGUACCGAACUUGUACCAUGGUAUAGACGACCACACAAGCGAAGGUCGAAGCGGAGUUGGUAGUACUUCUGGGUUCAGCUUUGAUAUGGACACAACGCCUAGUGGUCUAUCAUCAAAGUUGGGCAUUAUCUUACCAAACCCUGCACCGGAUGUUAAUCCAAUCAGUGCCACUCCCUCCGUAAUGCCGCCUCCCCUGUACAAUACGAUGGCUCCCAAAAAUGUUAAAAUCGUUGACAAACCGGAUGUUUCCGAUGAACCCAAGAAGAAGAAGUAUGCCAAGGAACAGUGGCCCGGAAGAAAACCGCUUGGAUUGGGAGGGUUUUAAUUAUUUUACUGUAUCGGUAGUGAUUGGAACAGUUGCGUAAAUGUGGGUUUAAAACGAUGUUUCGAGAUAGUACCUAGUAGUUGCCUGUGACUAUUAGGCGAAUAGUAUGUUUUGAAUUGCAUAAAAUUAAGACAAAUAAAAAUAUGUCGAAACGUUUUAAGAUUAACGUUAAUGUACAAUAUUUGAAAUGAAUAGUAAAAACAAAACAGUAAAAAUAAAUAAACGCGUCGUGUCGGAAAUUGA